AUGACCAUCAACACCCUCGCAAAAGGAGUGCACCGGGAGCAAAUGACAUGCUUUCGAAAGAUGGAGAAAGUGAUUGUGGCCAUGCAGGACCCUGACAUGGGCAUGAAGAUGAGAAACCAAAGGCUCCUGAUCACUGUCACCCAUGCAAUGACAGGCCGGGAUAUCAUUGACUGGUUGAUCCAGAAAUACACUAUAAAUGAAGAGGAGGCUCUGCACGUGGGUGACAUGCUGGUCAGAUAUGGGUACAUCUACCCACUAAAGGAACCACUCCUAGUGUUACGACCUGACGAGACACCGUACCGCUUCCAGACACCUUAUUUCUGGACUAGCACCCGGUGGCCUGCCUCAGAGCUGGACUAUGCUAUCUACCUGGCUAAAAAGAACAUAAGAAAACAAGGAGAACGAUGGAAUAUGAAAGGGUGAGAGUACAGCUUAUUGCACAAGAGGAUCAACCACACCUGGGACUUUGUGGUGAUGCAAGCCAGAGAACAACUCAGAGCCUCCAAACAGCGGCGGAAGGCUGACCGCAUUGUUCUAGAAUGUCAGGAGCAGGCGUACUGGCUCAUCAACAGACCCCCGGUACCCCGGGCUCAUAAUGUGUUGGACAUGGGUCUUGAGAGGCCAAAUAAUUUCAGCGCUCGAGUUACUCUGAACAGCGACUACUACAAAAGAGAGAUCGAAACCAGUAAAAGAGCGCUGGGACGAAACCGUGUAAAAUCAUCCAUCUGCUUAGAAAGUUUUACGAAAUACAGCGAGCAGUACCAGAACCAUGAUCCCAUUAUGCAAGGCUGCCUCCCCAGUAACCCCUGGAUCUCUGAUGACACAGCCCACUGGACGAUGAACUCAGAAAUGGUUCCCGUCCCAACACGACUCCGAGUGGAACGCUGGAGCUUCAGCUUCAUGGAACUUCUCAACGACGUCAUGGGGAGAAAGGAGUUCAUGACCUACCUCGAGAAAGAGUUCAGCGCGGAGAACCUGUGUUUCUGGCAAGCCUGUGAAGACAUCAGACAUGGAGAAAGUUCCAAGAUCAUUGAGAAAGUGGAGGAAGUUUACAAAAACUUUCUGGCUCCUGGAGCAGCUCGCUGGGUCAACAUCGACAGCAAGACGAUGGAUAAAACUUUAGAGGGGAUUAAACACCCGCACCGUUUCGUCAUGGACGACGCACAGAUGCACAUCUAUUUCCUCAUGAAGAAGGACUCCUACCCGAGAUAUCUGAAGUCGGAGCUGUACAAGAACAUGCUGGCCAAAGCCAUCGUCCCCCAGGAGACCAAGAAGAGCGUGUUUCCCUUCAUGAGACGCCAGCGACACGCAAGCCCCUCCCCCGCCCAGGCCGCCAGUCAGACGCCGCCGGAAGGUGGGCGUGCGAAGGGGGCGGGGCAAGCAGGUACCAACUCUGCAGCCGGUUCCAAUGCCUGAUUGCAAGAACUACCAAAAAAACAAAACAAAACAAAACACAACGUAUCAGAUUUAAUCACCUCAGUCUCUAUUGCUUACAUCCGUCACCAUAGCAACCAUCCAAAGACAUCUCUACUUUUUUUUUUUUUUUUUUUCCUUCAACAAACACAACAUGACCCCACCUAAGUGUGUAACUUCCAACUCGGAGCACAGACUCACAUCUUAUUCUCAGCGCACAAGCAUCAGGCUUAAGUGCUUUUAGUGCUACUGACAUUCAUCCCACAUUUACAUUUACGGUCUAAAGUGUGUCCUAUUGUUAUUAUACAAAAAAAAAAAAAACCCUGACUUCCUGUUUCUCUCAAUCCAUUAGACGCCUUUUAUCGAGAAUCUACCGCGCCCGUUUCUGCUGUUGUUAAUAGACGAUAGACAUUUACAGUAUGUAUUUAGUAGAAACUUUGAAUCAGCAUGUCAUAGGGGUUUGAUUGUUUUUGUUCAUUUCAUGCCGGAGCUUGUCAUUUGUGAUAGUUGUUGUCGUUGCUGUUGAUUAUGCUUGAGCAUGUUUUCAUCCCAAUAAAAAGUCCUGACGGUGUUCA